AUGGAAGGGGUAAUAGAUUUCUAUUUAUUUAUUUUGAUAUAGUAAUUACGCUAACCUAUGAGUCUACAUUGUAGACUCUACACAUACAAGUGUCAGUAUACUAACAAUAAAUCUUCAGUCUUCAAACACCUGCCUGAGAGUUCGGUUGCAAAUUUUUCUCCCCCAUUUAUAAAACGUAUUGUCCAGAUUACUUAACCUAUGUAAGCGUCAGUAUACUUGGAUAUCCAUUAAUUAACACAGUUUCUUUGUUAAUAAGUCAUACCACCCAAUUAUUGAAUUUCCAAACGUCUGUCAUCGGAUAAACAUCUAUUGUCGUAGAGUUUGGUUGUAAACUUCCUAUUCGUAAUUUGCAUCACUAAAAUUGCAGUUUUAUGUAUGUUUGAAAAUUUGGCUAACAGUAAGUAACAGUAGCGUAAUAUUUUCAAAUAACCUGCGUAACAUAUUGAUGUGACCGUUAUAUUUAAAACAUAUAUUUAACUACAUACUUUCAAUAUUACAUAAUCUUGCUAUUAAUCAACAAAAUAAGAAUGUUGAUCUCAUCUUUCAAGGAUUAAAUGAUUAAAUUGUACGCUGUGAAAUGUCCCAAGUCUCGAGUCAUCUCGAGAUAAAAAUCAAAUAUUGCUGUCGGAAUGUUCAAAUCGAGCAUUCGAAUCUAAUUAUUUGAUACCGGUUAUUUUUGUAAUGUAUUUGUAUUUUAAUAGAUGGAUCGGUCGAUACUUAUCGCAUUUGACUUUGAUCAUACGAUCGUCAAUGAUAACUCCGAUAUCGUGGCUCGAAAACUAUUGCCCAAGGAAAAAUUCCCAGAGAGCAUGAAGGAUUUGUAUCGUUCUAAUGGUUGGAUCGCGUAUAUGGGGAAGAUAUUCGAGUUGCUUCACAGUAAUUCCAUCGACAUAAAACAAAUCGAGACCGCUAUUAUUAACAUACCUGCUGUACCGGGCAUCGAAAAUCUCUUGAAAGAAUUACAUUCUCGAGGUUGCGAAAUUAUUAUCAUUAGCGAUUCAAACACAUUCUUUAUUAAUGAAUGGUUGAAAAGUAGAAAUUUGAAUUACGCCGUCGCUGAGACAUUCACAAAUCCCGCGGUAAUCAAUAACGAUGGUUUGUUGAAACUGAACAUGUAUCAUGUUCAAAGUUCUUGCAAACUGAGCACCGUCAAUUUGUGCAAAGGGCAGAUUUUAGAGGAUUACGUUAAAAAGCGAAGCAACGAAGGGGUACAUUUUGAUCGAAUAGCGUACAUCGGUGAUGGGAAAAAUGAUUUGUGCCCGAUGUUACGUCUUUCCGAGCGUGAUAUCGCAUUUCCGCGAAAAGAUUAUACGCUUAUGAAGAUGUUAAACCACGAUGAAAAUAACCAAGUACCAAAAAUAAACGCACGAGUGUUCCCAUGGAGUGACGGUACUCAAAUUUUAAAAAUAUUAGAGGAAGAAAUCGGAUUUUCCCAACCUUCUUUUGCUUAUCUAUCAUCAUGUCCAUUCGUCGUAGGACUGAUCCUUUCAUGACACAACGAAUAUGGGAUGCUAUCAAAAUAACUGUACAUCAGAGAAGUUUACCAAGUAACGAUCGCAUGGUACGACAUUUAGCUCGAGUUUAUGGAAUUACAGAACAAGAGGCCCAGGAAGAAUUAAAUAAAGCAGUAUAUGAUGGACUUGUUAAUUUAAAGAAAGUAUCAACAAAAAAUGGUAUAGAACAAGAGAGUUACAGAUUACCAUCAGAUAUUAUACCUAAUGAUAGUCACGAUUGGUACUGCUACAAAUGUCAAAAAGCAGGAACUGUAGAAUGUUGUCAACAGUGUCAUAGAGUUUAUCAUCCUGAAUGUCAUGUACCUAAUAACAUUAAAUUGAAAAUAUGCAAUUUUUGUGACAACAUAAAUAAUGAUACAUACCCGGACAAAAUUGAUCUCAACCACAUUCUGAAUUUUACUUGUGGUCAUUUGAAAGCAAAAUUACCACCAGAAAUUACAAAUCGUACUAUCGUUUUUAACAAUGAUCCUAUUGUUACACCAAGUAAUAGAUAUUCAGGCACAACUUAUAUUAGUGAAGGAGAAGAUGCAUGGCGACCAGGUGUUCUUAUAAAACACCACAUGGACUUAGCAAUCAUGGAUUCAAAAAUUAAGAAAAAUGAAUAUAAUAAUCUUGCUGAGUUUCAAGCUGAUGCACACAACAUACUACAUAAUAUCAUUGUAUAUCAUGGAGCUCAUAGUAUAAUAGGAGAAAUGGGUAAUACAAUGUAUCAAGAUUGCUGCUACGAUCUUCAAGAAAUCCGCCGCUGUGCCGACUGCUAUAGGAUAUCAAAUGAAAAAUCAGAGAAACUGUGGUUUUGUAUACCCUGUAAUCCACCACAUCAAUUAGUUUAUGCAAAACAAAAAGGAUACCCCUACUGGCCAGCUAAAGUGAUGCAAGUUAACGGCAAUAUUUAUGACGUCCGAUUUUUUGGAGGUCAUCAUAUGCGUGCCAACAUCGAAAAAAUGUUCAUUCGUCCGAUUACCACCAGUCUGCAAAGUUUACAGAUAAAAAGAUCCACUGCUUGGAACAGAGCAUUUGAUGAACUGAAGCAUCAUCAGAAUUUGCUGCUAAAGUUGGGCAAGAGCAUCGAGGAUUUGAACAUCGACGACGGUGGCGAGGGUCCAAAACCAACUAAAAUCCGAAAUAUAGAGUCAUCAAGUUCAAAAAAUGCAACAGGAAGUCCAGGCAAACAACUUUUUAAGGAUUUAAGAGUUAAAGUAGAACGCCUCAGUUCGGAUGGUCACAAUGAUGUACCACCAAACCAAGAAGAAACCGUACAUAACGAACAUUCUUCAAAAACUAAAGCUAAAAGCGAAGAAAGACAAGUACCCUGUUUGCCAGUGGCAGAAGAUGAACCCGCAAGAGAGAUAUGCAGUACGUGUCCUCAAGGCUUGAAGAAAGAAGGUUCUCAAGAAGAUAUGGUUACAUCUAGUUCUCAAGAACCAAGAACUAAAUGUGUUCUCAUACAAACGGAACAAAUACAAACAGAAACAAUACCUGCAAAGAUAAAAAGGGAACGGAGAACAUCGGAGCAACCUACUACCACAGCAUUGGAGAAGCUACGUCGUGAAUUAGAACUGGAGAAAUGCAAAGAAUUGGAAAAAUUACAAGCUGAACAUGCUAAAGAAUUACGACAAUUAAAAGAUAGACACCAACAAAUUAUAUCGGAAAUAAAGAAGAAACAAUGGUGCUAUAAUUGUGAAGCUGAAGCUAUAUAUCAUUGCUGUUGGAAUACCGCAUAUUGCAGUACUGAUUGUCAACAAGUCCAUUGGCAACGUGAGCAUAAAAGAGUUUGCCGACGCAAACUUUAAGUAUUUUGAAUUUUAACUUCGUCACCUACUGCUGCCAUAGCCAUUUGACCCUUAUCUAUAUUUUCAGUUACUUGUACAUAACUUGUUGUAUCAAUGUUAUUAAGCAUUAAUUUUUCCAAUAAUUGUAAUUCUUGAGGCUCCAAUUUUUCUCCAAGCUGUCUUAAUGCAUUUAAUACCUCCGCACGUUGAUGAUCACUAGUUUCUUUACUUAGUUUUCCAAGUUUUACAUCACAGUCAAUUUGAGUUAGUCGUUCUCUAAGCUGUGAUGUCUCACGUUUUCCAAACAUUCUAAUGACAGCAGGAGUCUUGAAUGCUUCGCUAAUUGCUGCUUGAAUUGCCUAGUUAAAAUUGUAAAUACAGUCUGUAUACAAUAUUUUUUGAAUUUUAUAAUUCAUUAUUUUUCAAUAUUAAAAAAUAUCUGUAUUUAUAAAAUACCAGUUGUAUUGCACCCAAUUGAUCAACUAAUGUUGUGUCACCAGAUAUCAUUCUUUGCAAACUUCCAUUGAAUUCUUGUAAAUCUUCUUUUGUGAGUUGCAUAGCUUCUUCAUAAGCAGCUGCAUCCAAUAGAUUUCUAUAAUAUAUAAUAAUUUUAUAGAAGAAGAACAUCAAUUCUAAACAAUUUUAUAAUUAUUAUACUACAAUUUUAAGAAAACGUAAUUCAUUAAUUAUACCGGUUUUCUUCUAUAUCUUCUAAUUGUUGUACUAGUCUGUCCAAUUGUGUUUCUAAAUUUUUUCUUAAUUGCUCAGUUUGCACUUUACCGCGAGAACUCAUUUUUUAA